CGCCUGGCCGUGCAUCCGCGAGGGACCCGUGCGCCGCGCCGCCCCGCUCCGCGACGUCCCUUGAGCGCCGAUUGCGCCGCGCUUGUUGCUCUCCAUAAGCCCUCCGUGCCGCCGGACGGGUCAGCCGGACCGCAGUGUCACUCACCCCCCCCCACCCCCCGCGCGUGUGUGUGUGUCUGUGGUGUGUUUGUUGACCUCUCGUCGCAUCUGAUUGAAGAGAAUAAUUGAUCCGCUCAGACUGCGUCGGUGGUGUCUCAAAUGAGUGUCUGAGAUUCGGCAACAGUUUGUGUGUCGUGCGAGUGCUGGCACGCGCGGCAGUGCUGUCGGGGUCGAGACCCUCCCCCCUUGCAAGAAGUGCUUUCGUGUUCACGACCUCUUGGACGGCGCGGCUGUGAACAGAACAGGUGCCUCCGGCUAUGGAUACCUCCCGCCGUCACUAAGCAGCUGAACCCUGCAGCCUCCCUUCCUGACAGUAUGCCCUAAGAUGGCUUGCACGCAGCGGGCCGUGGGCCGGGCCUUCCAGCCGCCCCCGGGACAGCACCUCCGCCAGGCGUCCCGCCAGCCCUCCAUGGCGCCCAGCGGCUCGUGCGGCCAGGUCCUGCAGGCGCGGGUGCAGGACGUGCAGGCCCAGGACGCGCAGGCGGGACCUGUCCGCGUGCGCACCGUGCGCCUGUCCCGCCGGCCCGGGGGCGGCCCCGGGGGCGGGGGCGGCGGGGGCGGCGUCGGCCUGGGCUUCUCCGUCCGCGGAGGCCGGGAGCACGGCACGGGCUUUUUCGUCUCCGCCGUCGAGUUCGGCUCGGAAGCACACCUGCAUGGUCUCAAGGUUGGAGAUCAACUCUUAAGGAUAAACGGGUUCUCACUGAACCAGGCGACGCACAAGGAGGUCCUCGCACUCGUAUCGAAUCAGACCAACAUCACGCUGAAAGUCAAAACCGUCGGAGUUCUGCCGGUCAAAGACAAAAGCAACGACCCCCUCACCUGGAGGAUCGUCCCUGACCGGCCGGAACCGCCGGCGCCGCCGCAGCAGCAGUCACCGGCUCAGCAGCUGCAGCAGCUGCAGCACCCGCAGCAGGCUCAUCAGCUGCAGCAGGCGGAGACGACGGAGCUGCAGCUGCAGCGGCUGCAGCAGCACCUGCAGCAGCACAAGCAGCACCAGCAGCAGUCACCUGCGCACAAUGCGGGCGACAUCGUGCGCAUGGUCAUCGAAGUGCCCCCGAAAGCCAAGCUCGGCUGUGGGAUCUGCCGCGGGCCCGACUGGCGGCCGGGCAUCUUUGUCCAGUUCACCAAGGAGGGCGGGCCGGCGAGGGACGCCGGGCUGCGGCCGGGGGACCAGCUGCUGCAGUGCAACGGCACGCCCUUCACCGACAUCCCUUUCUCGGAGGCGGUGUCGGCGAUGAAGCUGUCUCCCACCCUCGACCUGCUGGUGCGCCGCGGCGCCGGCUGCGACCUCUUCCCCGGCGAGUCGUCCGGCUACAACUCGUCGGCGAGCUCCGUGGCGGGCGGGGACUCGCCCUCGUGGGACGACCAGCCGGCCGCCCCGGACACCGUCGGCGGCCCACAGCUCCACCUCCAGCGAGGCCACCAGCUGCACCACCCGCCUCACCAACAACUGCACAACGGAGGCGCGCCCGGCGGGCCGAGGCUCCGGGACCAGGACCAACCCCUGGGGAGGCCGUCGGGACCCUCGGGGUGGACGGCGAAGGGCAACCUCUGCACCGUCAUCAGGCUGGAGAGCCCGGACAACGGCUGGGUGUCCGGCACCCAGGACGACGUGGACGCGACUACCGUCAGGCCGGGGGACCGCACGACGACGGUGGUGGUGCAGGUGCACCGCAGCGAGGCCGACGACGACGAGGACGACGACAAGCAGGCGGCGCCCGCCGCGGUAGCCGCCGGCCCGCCCCCGCCCGGGCCGCCGCCCCCGGGCCCGCCCGGCCCCCCGAGCCCCGCGCCCUCCUCGGCGGCGUCCAUCUCCUGCUCCUCGGGCUCGCUGUCCUCCAACUCUCUCUCCUCCGCCAUCAGUCAGGAGCUGCAGCGGCGGAGCGAGCAGAGGCAGGCUCAGGAGCGCGUCGUGGCUGAGGACGGCCCGCCGCCGGGUGCCCCGGGCCCGCCGCCGCCCCCGGGCCCGCCCCCGGCGCCACCGCCGCCCAAGCCCUGCCCGCUGGCCAGCGUGUUCCCGGCGGACGUCCACAAGCGGGAGCAGCACGAGCGGCUCAUGGACGAGUUCCGGCGAGCGCACCGGAAGAUGUUCGCUCACGCCAUCGCCGAGGCCAACGCCAAGGGGCCCGCCGCCCCGGGUGCAGCCCCCGGCGCCGCCACCAAGGCCCUGGAACAGGAGCGCGAGCGGUUCAUGCAGCGGCGCCAGCAGCUGGAGCAGCAGCACGCGGCGCAGGUGUCCGUGGGGCUGGCGCUGUCCGCGGCCCGGGAGCGCGGGCUGCGCGUGGAGCGCGACCGGCAGGACUCGCAGGAGGCGGAGCGCGAGGUGACGCGCCUCGUCCGGCGCAACGGGCCCCGCCACCCGCCGCCACCGCUGCCCGCCGCCUCGCCGCAGCCCGACGAGGAUGCAGCGGUGACAGCGCGCGCAGUUUCACCCGCGGCCAUGUCGACGUCCCCGUCGACCGUGGUGGUGACGUCGUCGCUCGUGCCCCCGCCGCCGGCGUUCACAAGCGUCACCCUGACUCCCCCCGCCCCCGCCACCACCCCUAAGGUCGUCGCGAAACCGCCGCUCCCGGUGGCCACGGCCACGACGACGCCCGUCGUCAACGGCGUCGCAAAGGUAAACGGCGCCAGCACAGCGUCGUCGACGAACAUCACCGCAAACGGCGUCACCCGGGUGAAUGGUGUUGGCGGGGCCUCAUCGGCGGGCAUCGGCACGAACGGCGUCGCUAAGGUAAACGGCGUCGCUAAGGUGAACGGCGUCGCCAAGGUGAACGGCACCAACGCGUCGUCGGCGACCUCGGCUAACACCACCCCUACCGCCGCCACGAACGGCAUCACCAGCAUCCAGCAAGUGAGACUACGGCCGAUUCAGCCCCAGCAGCUGCAGGCUCAGCAGCAACGGUUAACCCACAGGACUCCGAGCCCCGCGCCGUACUGCCCGACCCCGGACUACGACUCCGACUCGUCUGGCAGCACGCUGCACACGGCGUCCACGGGGUGGACGGCCAAGGCGGUGGCGCCGCAGCCCGGCGCUGCAGUGGCGGUCGCCCCGGAGGUGGAGAUGCAGAGCCUGGACAGCCUGGAGCUGCUGGAGCCGCGCACCAGGCAGCCCCGCCCGCCGCAGACCUACUUCCAGCAGAACAGGGGCGCCCCUGCGGCCAGGCCGUCAGUGAGCGUGACCAUCCGAGAGUACGGCGGCGGCAACAACAGGCAGCCCUCCAAGCUGACCUUCCUCAACGGCGCCGCCCCCAACGGCAACGGCGUCAACGGCAACGGCGCCGUGGCGCAGGAGGGGCUGCAGAGCGAGCUGGCCGCCACGCUGUCCAGGUCCAACCUGCGCUGUCGGACCGACGUGAUCGAGGCGGCCGGUGACGAGGAGUCGAGUGAGGCGCCGAAAGCUCUGGAUGAUGUGAGUCGUGGAAACGUCACAGUCACCUCUGUGAAUGGCAGUGCAGGCUAUUUGCCUAAAAGCAAUGUGCCCAAUGGGAUACUGAAAAAAGCCCCCGGAACGCACAUGGUGCCCAACGGCCUGCCCGUAGGCCAUGGCAUCACUCCCGCACUACUGGCGGGGGCUGGCGCAGCCCUCAAGACUAAGUCAUCUGGGAUCUCUACCAAAUCUAUCACCUUUGGAGCCAAAGCUACUAUUAUUAAUGAAAAACAAGUCCCAACCUGAGAUUGGGUGUGUCAUAGCUAGUACUGAGUAGGGAAUGUGUGCUCAAUUCUUCUGUUCUUUAAAAAAAAAAAUCAAUGUUCCUUUUUCAUGUUUUAGUGAGGUACUUUGUAUGAUUGCCAUUGCCAUACCUCUAAAAUAUAGUUACUUUGUUUCGAUCUCACAAAUCAUUGUGAGAGAUAAAAUGUAAGUCAUUGUUGUUAACAAAAAUUUAUAAAAUGUUUCCUUUUACAAUUCUGUACGAAGAGUGUCGUUGAAGGAUGUGUAUUUAGUACAUUGAAGGCAACCACUAUGUUAUUGCUCAGAAAUAAACAACAUCGUGGAGUUUGUUUUGUUAAACCUGCAUUCUUGAUAUGUUUCUUGCCCUGAAUGAGCCCUGCAUGUAAUUUUAGAAAUGUUUAUGCUGUUGAUUUACACAUCUAAUUGUAACUUAUUGCCAAAGUCCAAGAAUAGCUUAUGUGCUGAAUAGAUUUUAUAAGCUUAAAUAGACAUGUGUCAUCUUCAAUUUUAUCAUGUUAUGUUCUUACUUUUAUCAGUUAAAUAAAUGUGUAUGUGAUUAUUUUGUUUAUGAACCUAUAGUUCUUCCUGCUCCAGUGCAGGAGGUUAAAUAUUUGUACAUAAUACUACUCUAAUGUUAAAUUGAAUAAAAAUUUGACUGCUUAGA